AUGAAGUUAAUCAUUGUUUUACUUUGUGUUAUUUUGUGUUUUGCUCAACAAAGUCAAGAAAAUAAACCUGAACCUUCUCGUGUUCAUGCUGGUACUGCCCAAAGACAAUUAGACAAAGUCCAAGGUGCUUCAAAACAAAGCCAAACUUCAGUAGAAUUCCAUCACAACCACUUUGUUGAAGAGCUAACAGUUGCAAAAAAAGUAUUGUCAGAAACAAGAAAUACUAUUGUAAAUGGACAAAAGAAAGUUACUGAUAUUGUUGGAAGUAUUGUUAAUGGAAAACUUCAAGAAAUUAAUAAUUUACAAUUAACAGCUCCUGUGUCGUCACGUUCAAAUAUUAAGAAUUAUAUUGAUGCUCUUGAUAAAAGUGUUAAAUUAGAAAAAGAGACUCGUGUUAAAUCACUUUCUGAUAAAAUGAAAGUACAUACCCAAAAAUUAACUGAAAUGGAAAAAACACUUCAAGAAGCUGAAAACGCUGAAAAAGUUGCACAUGACACUGCUUCUAAAACAAUUCUUGAAAUGUCUACAAGCGCUUCUGAAUCAUUAAAACAAGCACAACAAAACCCUGAACAUAAAGGAGAUCUUAAAGAUGUUAAAAUUCAAACAAGUCAAGGAGGAAUAGAAGUUAAACAAACAUUCCGUGAAGAAGAACAUAAACAAAGAAAGACUGUUAAAGAAAUUAAAAGGCAAAUAAGAUUACUUCGUGAAGCAGCUCAAAAAGAAUUUAAUGAAUUUAAAGAGAAUUUAAAAACAAAAAUUCAAGAAAUGUUUGUUGACUCUAAAACUAAAAUAUCUAAAGUUAUUUCUGACGCUCUUGAAAAAGCACAAGCAGAAAAAGAUGCUAAAGAAGAAAGUGCUGAACAAAAAGCUAAACAAGCAGCUGGAAUGAAUAACGGAGCUUCUCCUCAGCCAAAUAAAAAAUCUGGAAAUCAAAUUCCAACACAAACACCAGUACAAAACCAAGCACCAAAUUCCCAACAAACACGUUAA